CCAGAGAGCCGAGCAGAUGCAGUCUGCAGCUUUUACUGCCCGGUCCGCAGGUUUAACUGCGCUGCCCACAUUACACGCAAUGGCCAAGCAGUAAUGUUGUUGUGCAUGGAUGAUAAACCUGCAUAGUCUUCUCUGAGGGAUCAUCUGCUGCUGUGUGUUUUACCCUGGAGGUGUGAUCUCGCAGCCAUGGUGUGCUGUCAGACUCCCAGAGGUUUGCGGAGAGGAGAAUGGGGCUUCAAGCCUCUGCUGGCUGCGGUGCUGCUCAGUAUCCUGGUCGCAGGGAUGCAACAGACCACAGCCUUCCCCUCCUGGAGGUUAGAGGAAGAAGCUUACACCACUGUGUUGCUCAUCGGGAUCCGCAAAGAGGCCCGGUCACAAGUGCUUCACCUCUCCAGGAACAAGCGCUACACCCUCACCCCGGAGCAGCUCAAAUGGGACAAGUUCAAGCUAACAUACAAGUUGCUCUCCUUCCCUACAAACUUGAUAAAUGCCAGCGACACGCGCCGAGGCAUCGCCAAGGCUUUUGGCAUGUGGAGCGACGUCUCGCCGUUCAGCUUCAGAGAGGUGCCAGCUGACCAAGAAGCAGACAUGAAGAUCGGCUUCUAUCCCAUCAACCACACCGACUGUUUGCAGUCCUACUUGCACCAUUGUUUCGACGGCAUCACAGGAGAAUUGGCUCACGCGUUCUUCCCGCCAACUGGCGAGAUCCACUUCGACGACCACGAAUACUGGAUUCUGGGAAACAUGCGCUUUAGCUGGAAAAAAGGGGUUUGGCUGACGGAUCUCGUCCAUGUGGCAACUCAUGAAAUUGGCCACGUCCUGGGACUCAUGCAUUCCUUGGACCCGAAAGCUAUAAUGCACCUGAAUGCAACUCUGACAGGGCGCAAGCUAAUCACACAGGAUGAAGUGUGGGGCUUGCACCGUCUCUACGGGUGUUUGGACCGGUUAUUUAUCUGUCCGGCCUGGGCUCGGAAAGGCUAUUGCGACAGCAAGCGUAAGCUGAUGCAGAAGCACUGCCCCUCCAGCUGUGAUUUCUGUUACGAAUUCCCUUUCCCCACUGUGGCUCCAACCCAGACACCCCCAAGGACCAAACACAAGCUGGUCGUCGAGGGCAAGAAGCUAACCUUUCGUUGCGGGAAGAAAAUAGCAUCGAAGAAAGGCAAAGUAUACUGGUACAAGGACGGGGAGCUGCUGGAGUUCUCUCACCCCAACUACAUCUCCUUGAAAGACGACCACAUUACCAUAGUGGCCAACGCCAUCAACGAAGGCACAUACACCUGCAUUGUGAAGAAAAGAGACAAAGUCCUCACAAACUACUCCUGGAGGGUGCGUGUGCGCUUCUGAGGGGCCUCUGCACACUGAACAGGACGCAUUCACACACGCGGUCACACAUGGAGACCUCGUUCACUAGGGCACAUAUUUGGUUGUUUUUAAAAAAAAAAAAAAAAAAACUGUUCUUCCUGUAUCUUCCACAUCUAUUGACGUUUGUCACUAUGUAAAUGUGUGUUAAUAUGUG